AUGGAGGUGUCUUUCCAGAACAGACAUCCAUUGGGGGGAGGUGGUGGCAGGCACUUCCCCAUGGGGAGGAGAGUUGAUCGGCGUGGCGCGGAACACGCGCUAGGCCGAACAGAGGCCACGGAAUCCCGUGGCCAUUUCCCAGUUAGACUCGUCGAAGUCUCCGCACCUUCAGCCAGAGCUGUCACCUGGGUGCUCAGCGAAGUUUGA